AGGAUAGUGUUAUUGCCUUUUUGGUAGUGGUUUAAGCUACCAUACUUCAGUUAAUCAGUGGCUAUGGGUGUUGGAUUUGUUUCAGGAGGGGUGCUUUUCCUGUGUGCUGUAUCUUUUGCUCUACGUGACUUCAAAAGCAUGUUCCAGCAGUCCCCCAGUCCGCCGCAAGUUCCCAUUGAGGUUGAGUGCAAGGACCGCUCCCUGUUCAUCUCAGUAGACAUACCAUCCUCUGGCGUUAAGCCUCGCUUUGAGGCAGUUGAUGCCACAGGUGUCUAUCCUGUUACAGACCUCUAUGGGGCUCAGUGUGGUUACACUUACUCUGUCGAUCCCCUGUUGGGUCGUGUUGUUCUCAGAUCCUCAUACUUCUCCUGUCACACAGACAAUCAGAAUGAUGAGGUCUUCACCUUCAUGUUCGGUGUGAUCAUUACAGAUGAGCGUGGUGGUGAAUUAUUUUUCAAUGUCUCCAAGACUUGCGCUGUUUCUCCUUUUUCUCCAAGAGAGAUUACUUGUGAGGAGAACUACAUGGAGGUGUCUGUGACAACUGAUCAUCUUUGCCCUACAGCCAGCAGUGUUAAAGGUUUCUCUGUGCCCCGAAGUUCAUUGGAGGCCUGGCAGGUGAUGCUACAGCAAGAUGGACAGCAGUCUGAAGUCAUGUCGCCUGAAGAUGCUGCUGCUCUGGGCUACUUCAUAAUGAUCACACCUGGCAGACUUGUGUUUCGGACAACCUUUGGACAACCUUAUGCUUCUGUCAAAAUGGUCAGUGGUGUUGCAGUUGAAGUGAUCCAAGCCACUGUGUUUUUUAGACAGAACUGGAUGGUUGUCAUGGUGGACCUGGUUGCUUCCUGCUCACUGGAUGAAGGCUUUUUUGAUGGCUACAGACUUCACUGGAGGACCCCUGCAGUAAUGACUCCUCUGGCUGGUCCACCCUCUGAGUUAAGGAGUGAGUCAAUAGAUGUGGGAGUUAAUGGUGAGCUCCUAGAUGAACAGAACUUGAUAGACCGAGGCUACUCUGUGACAUUCAAUGAAGGGGCCGUUGUCAGUAGCAUCCCCUUUGCUUCAGUGGGAGGGACUAGAAAGAGCUUUGUGAUCGACGGUAUGUAUCAUGAGCUGUACACCGUCCAGCUGACCUACCAGCAAAAGUUUGUGGACCAGAAUGGUGUGGACACCAAGUACAAUGCGUUCCAGCAAAUGGCCACUCCCGCAAUUCCUCGUGUUCCCUUUUCAAUUAACCAAACGACACCUGAGGAACGAGUCUUCACGGUCUACCUAGGUAAUAUUCCUUUUGAUGUGGAGCUGAUGUCCCUGGAGCUGAAUGGGCAGGAGUUAUCCGUGUCAACUGCCAUGCAGAUGGGAUGUUCCAUCACUAGAGUCCCACAAGACAAUAAUACUUUUGCGUAUAUCAUUAGAGUGCCAUUUGAUGCCCAAUUUGUUGUGAAGCAGCACAUUGCAGAGAACUUUUUGGAGUACUCUUUGGAAAUUAAGUGGACUUUGAAUAUCCUUCCUCAAAUGGAGCCCUAUUACUAUUUUUCCUCUCUGAGUGCUUCCAUUCAUGAUGUCGUCCCACCCGUCUUUGACAGCAUGUGUGCUAACAAUGGCAUGCGCUUCAUGAGAGCCUAUCAUGAGUACGACUACUUGUGGGACAUUGUCAUCGGCCACUACCCGCUGACCCAACAGCUGGUGUCUGAGCGUGGCUACAUUAUGUCCAAUGACAGCAACACCUUCAUUUUGGAUGUCCCUCUAUUUACAAUUGGAUACCGCUAUGAGAAUAUUACACUGCAGCAGUUCUAUGGCACUUUUGAACUUCUCACCAGAAAUGCUAAAACCCUGGAGAUUGAACAGUCUUCAGGCAAAUGCUGUCUCUUCCAAACCACUGAGCUCUUGGUGUGCUCUGCUGAGGGCGUGAUGACUGUAGUGAGUGACGUCACUAAAGUGGUACCUACUGCAGACCCUGCCCGAACCACACUAUUGGACCCAAGCUGCAGACCUCAAGAAACUGAUGAGAGCAGAGUCCUGUUCUCCUUUGGACUUAACACCUGUGGCACUAGAUUUCAGGUUGAUCAGCAGUAUGUGACUUAUGAAAACGAAAUCAUAUUUCAUGAGUUGUAUUCCACAGACAGCAAGCCAGUAAUCACGAGAGAUCCUGCAUACAGGAUGACCGUGAGGUGCAUUUACCCUGUACGUGGCACUGAAAGCCUCUCUGUGGACCGGAUGUUCAGAGCUGAGACUCCUGGAAUUGGACAAAUCAAAGAUCCUGUGAUGGGCAAGUUAAUUGGCUUAACUACCUGAGAGCCAUUUGGUCUCCAUGUAGGC